AUGUCGGGGUGGAGAGAGAGGCUCCGCGCAGUGUUCACUGUGGAGCCGGUUAUUUUCUUCUACAUGACGAGCACUUUCAUUAUGACGCCGGCGUCUCAGCAGCUGAUUAUUACCAAGGUGUGCAACGAGCUGUACGCCAGUAGGAACAUUUGCAACAAUCCAGAACAUCACAAGGAGGAUGAGGACAUCCAACGGCAGUCUUCCUACGUUCUGCUGAUGUAUGCGGGCACGCUGAGCUUGGUGUCCAUCCCCCCGGCGAUCCUGCUGGGCUCUUGGUCGGACCGGGCCGGACGCAAGUUCGGGAUGGUCUUACCGAGUCUGCUGUCUCUGGUGGGAGGCGGCGUGUUCAUCGCCAUGACGCUGGUGGAGAGUGCAAGCGCUUACUGGUCCGUCGCCGCGGCUGCGGUGACGGGCGUCUCGGGGGGUUACGUGUCAGUGUUCCUCAGCUGCUUCAGCUACCUGGCCGACGUGACGGACAGCAACAGCCGCACCCGGCGGAUGGCGGUCGCCGAGGCCAUGAUCUUCAUUGGUGGGAUGGUCGGUUUCCUCCUGAGCGGGGUCCUCCUCCAGAGGUUUGGGUUUGUGGUGGCGUUCGGGGCGUUCUGUGCCUGCCACAUCCUCGCUCUCCUGUACAUCUCUCUGUGGCUCCGGGACCCCGGGCAGGUCAGCAGCCGCCUGCCAGCCACACCCUCUGAGGUAGACGCAGGGUUGGGUAACACCCAGCUCAAAGCCUCCAUCCUGUCGUACGUCCGGCUGUCGUUCAGGGCAGUGUUCAGGGACAGACCCGGGCAGGAGAGACUGAAGCUCCAUUUCCUUAUCCUCUGCACUUUCCUGAACAACCUCAUUGCUGUAGGGGAUCAGUCUAUCCUGCUCCUCUUUCUGAUGUAUGAACCACGAGAAUUCACCACAGAGAUGUAUGGUGUCUUCAACUCGACGAGAAUGUUGUUGUUAGGCUUUUCCUUGAUGGGGCUCUUCCCCUUGAUGCUGCGAUGCAUUGGAGAGAUGACCUUAGCCAAAAUGAGUGCCCUGCUGAGAGCGGCUUCCUAUGUACUUCUGGCCUUUUCCAUGAACACGUGGAUGGUGUUUCUGGUGGCUGUGGUGGGAGCCCCUUCUGGGAUAACGCAGGCCGUCAUUCGUUCCCUGUCCUCUGCCGUGGUUGAUCCAAACGAGCAAGGUGCCAUGUUUUCCUUUAUGGCGUCAAUGGAGGCGUUGUGCAUUCUCGUCGCAGCUACGAUAUUCAACGGCAUGUAUCCUUUGACCCUGGCGACAUUCCCGGGGAUGGCCUUCAUCGUCAUGGCCGGUUUCUCCUUCAUUGUCACGGUGUUCAUGCAGUCCUGCCACGCCCUAGUUUUCCAAGUCGUGCUGUCCCUCGAGCUGAUGCGAAGAAGGCCUGAAGGAACAAUUCACUUUGCUGGCCCUUUCAAAGCGGGGCCUGACCUUCCCAGCACCGUGUAUGAGUACCUCCACUCUGAUUGGGCCGCAAUUGUCAAACCCUUAGAGGGCAAGGAAUUAUUUUGA